AUGGCAGACAGAGGUGAUAGAGGUGGCCGUGGGGGCCGAGGACGUGGUGGUCGCGGCCGAGGUGACGGCGGUGGUCGAGGCGAUGGCGGCUUUCGAGGCGGCCGAGGUCGCGGAGACGGAGGACGCGGUGGUGGAGACUUCGGCGGCUUCCGAGGUGGAGGACGAGGAGAUUCUAGAGGGCGCGGCGACUUUAGAGGACGUGGCGACUCUAGGGGACGAGGCGACUCUCGGGGACGAGGCGACUCUCGGGGACGAGGCGAUUUUAGAGGUGGCCGCGGAGGGUUUGACCGUGGUCGAGGAGGAGGGCGAGGUGGUCGUGGUGGCGGCCGAGGAGGAGGAGGAUUUGGCGAUCAACCGCUCAUCUUCACCAUGGGUGGAGCUAUUCCGCAGCCUGAUCCCGCCACAACGAAGCUUGAGAAUGAGACGGUCCAACAGCAAGCAUCCUCUACUCAACAGCUCGUCUCAAAGAUGGGCAAGCUCGAGCUCGGAGCCAAGAAAUCUCAGGAGGAGGACAAGUUCCCUGCUCGGCCUGCAUUUGGUACCAGAGGCAAUCCAGUCACCCUCUGGGCCAAUUACUAUGGCAUCAAGACAAAGUUCCCCGUCCUUUACAAGUACACUAUUACGGUCAAGGAGAUUAUCGCCGAGGAAGAGGGCGCUGCCAAGUCCAAGGGCAAAGGAAAGCAGCCUAAGCAGCCCAAGCCUCGGGACGUCAAAGGCCGGAAACUACACUUGGUCAUUUGCGAGGUUCUGAAGCAACUCACAAAGAACGACAAGUCCCUAGUCAUCGCAACCGAGUUCAAGUCGCAGCUGGUUUCCCUACAGAAGCUCGGCCUGGAGAAUGACAACACUCUGCGUGCCAGCGUGGCCACGGCAGAAGGCGCUGACAAGAUGGACGUCUUUGAAAUUGAGAUCCAUGGACCCAACGAAAUACGCAUGAACGACCUGUUCGAGUACCUCAAUUCGACCACUGGCGGCACCUCUGCUAGGAGACUUGGUGCUCCUGGUGACGACCAAGACGCUGCCAUCGCCCUCGACUUCCCCAAGUUUCCCGAUGUUGUCGAUUGCCUCAACGUCAUCUUUGGGUACGGUCCCCGAUCCAAUAUCAAUGACACCAGCGCGGUCGGGAGAUCGCGUUUCUUCUCCUUCAAGGACGGUGGCAUCACAACUGAUCUCGGCCGGUCUUUGAUUGCUGCCCGUGGAUUCUUCCAGUCUGUGCGUCUUGGAACAGGCCGUCUUCUCCUCAAUGCCAACGUCACGCAUGGAAUCUUCAAGGUGGCUGGCAAAUGCGACCAGAUCUUUCGCAAUCUCAAUGUGUAUGCGGCCCCUAGAUCCGAUGGGAUGGCCAAGAAAAACGUCAACCUGAUCAGCAAGUUCCUCCCCAAGGCACGUGUCUGGGUCACUAUGAAAGUCUCGGACGGGAAAACAGUCAGGAGAACCAAGGCCAUAUUUGGGAUCGUCAAGGCCUCAAAUGCGAGAAGCUUCUCAGGGCCCAACGCUCCUCGCAUUGACGGUGAUUGGGAGUAUCCUGGACCCAAGAACGUGAGCUUUUACCUGGACAAUAGCUACGUCACGGUUUUCGACUACUACCGUUCAAAGUACAACUUCCAGCCUCAAAAUUACCCCCUUCUCAACCUCGGAACUGCGUCCAAGCCAACUUUCGUUCCCGCCGAGUUUGUCGAGAUUCAGCCUGGACAAUCAGUCAAGGCUAAGCUCAACAGUCGAGAGUCGACCGAGAUGGUCAACUUUGCCUGCCGAAGCCCUUAUGCCAACGCCUUGUCUAUCACUCGGGAGGGACGCGAGACUCUGGGUCUCGAUGGUGAAGUGCUGGAAAAAUUCGGCAUCGUCGUCGACAAGACUCUACUCACAGUUCAAGGACGUGUACUCCCUGCACCUGCUGUUGCCUACCUCGACGCGAAGAGAAAGGAGACCGAGGUCCGACCUCUUGGAGCUUCGUGGAACAUGAAGAACAUCAAGGUCUACAAGUCCGGCAAGCCAAUCCAACGAUGGGCUUUUGUCAACCUUGCACCAACCGCAGAUCACUACGUCGUUCCUAUUAGCAAGGCAGAGGAGUUUGCCGCGUUCAUGAAUACCAUGGAUAUCAGGAUUGCCAACAAACCGAUACCAGCUCCAACUCUGGUCAUCACAGCCGCAGGCUUUGAGAGGGGCAGUGGCAAUGAGUUCUUCAAGUGGGCCAAGGGUCAGAACAUUGAGUUCAUCCUUGUUGCUCUCGGUUCUACCGAUACUGCCAUGUACUCAGCCGUCAAGUUGCUGGGUGAUGUUACCUAUGGAAUCCACACCAGCUGCGUCCAGGGCCCCAAGCUUAUAAACGCUAAUCCCGUUUACUAUGCUAAUGUUGCCCUGAAAUGGAACCUCAAGGCUGGUGGUGUCAACCACAAGCUGCGCAACGAGUUUGGCAUCAUCAAGGAGGGCAAGACCAUGGUGGUUGGUUACGACGUCACACACCCGACAAACCUACCUACUGGUGCUAGCGACGACUUACCCAGUCUGGUGGGUUUGGUGGCCACCAUCGACAGAGACAUGGGGCAGUGGCCGGCCAUCUCUUGGGAGCAAAGUUCCAAGCAGGAGAUGCUGGACGAGGUUUUGACUGAGGCCUUCAAGUCACGACUUGAGCUCUGGAAGAAGCACAACAGGAACCAACUGCCAGAGAACAUUGUCAUCUUCCGUGAUGGUGUCUCGGAGGGCCAGUUCGCCCAGGUCCUUCAAAAGGAGCUGCCACGGAUGCGCAUUGCGUGCAACUCUAUGUACCCCAAGAACCAACAGCCCAAGCUGACCAUUGUCGUCUCUGUCAAGCGUCAUCAGACGCGAUUUUAUCCCACGACCGAAAGCAACCUGCCAAAGGACCGCAACAUUCAAAACGGCACCGUUGUCGACCGCGGCGUCACACAGGCUCGGUAUUGGGACUUCUUCCUGACGGCGCACACCAGCCUCAAGGGCACGGCCCGGCCGGCUCACUACACGGUGCUGCUGGACGAGAUCUUCCGUACCAAGCACAAGGGCGAGGCGGCCAACGAGCUUGAGAAGUUCACCCACGAGCUCUGCUACCUCUACGGCAGAGCUACCAAGGCGGUCAGCAUUUGCCCCCCGGCCUACUACGCAGACAUUGUCUGCACCCGAGCCAGAGCCUACCGACCUGAGCUGGUGGAUGUUAGCGAUACCGACAGCGUCGUUACUGGAGGCGCUGGGUCGAGCGUCGGUGGCAGCAAGCAGGUUCACGAGGCCUUGAAGGACUCCAUGUACUACAUCUAA